UUAAUUAUAGUAUAAGUGUCUUAGUAGUACAAUAAAUUUGGAGAUGAAUGUUAGUGUUAGGACUGUCUAUAAAUUUUGUAAGAAAAUAACUUUUAAGUGGAUUUACAUAUAACUGAACUAAAACUCAAAAGUUUGGUUUUUAAAUCCGGUGUCUUAUUUCUUUAAUAGAGACUAAAACACUGAAUGACGAUUGCGUAAAAGCUAUAACAUUUUGUAUUAUUUCUUAUUUCAUUUAAUGAAAAAAUGAUGAAGAAAACAGCGUAUAUUCUGUUGGUUCUUACAACCUUAUCUCAUAUUUGUGAUGGUUACAAAAUUCUGACCGUGUUUCCUAUGGCCAUGCCGAGCCAUCAAAUACUGGCUAAAGGGGUGGUGAAGGCUCUGCUGGAGGCUGGACAUGAGGUGACGCAACUGACGCCUUUUCCUGAUAAAAAUCUCCCGCCAAAUCUUAGUCAAGUUGACCUCAGUGCUGUCGAUAUGAGUUUUGCCACACAACGACUGAAUGUGACGACAGUUUUGAAUGGACAAGAUGCAGCGAAUUUGUUCGAAUUUAAACCAUUCAUAGAGAUGACUAACAGAAACGUAUUCCAAGACUCAAACUUACAGAAACUGAUGGGCGACACUACGCAGACCUUUGACGUAGUUAUAGCCGAGUGGAUGUUCAGUGAUACUUAUACUGCGCUCAUCACAGGUACCGAGAACUGCUUGCUGGCUGUUUUAUAUGGCAUGCCUUUUUUUACUUCUUCGAGUGCUCGUGACAUAGCCUCCUCGCUCCAUUUUUGCCGAUUAGGAUACUUGUUCAACUGUCCUUUUAUUUGGUUUUCUACGGUUGAACCUCACUCUAUUAUCGUGAGUAUGAUCGACGAAAACACGAAUCCUGCUUACGUUCCAAGUCUCAUGUCCAGCAACGUCCCGCCUUAUGAUUUCAUUAAUAGAGUUAAAGAGUUAUUUAUGCAAAUCAUGACUUGGGGUUUUCAAACCAUAUAUUUUUCACGUCAUUACAAUGAAGUCUACGCAGAGUUAAUUGUACCACAUAUCAUAAAGAGAGGAAAGCCUGUAAUUCCUUUGGAUGACAUAAAGUACAACGCAUCAUUAGUGCUGGGCAAUUCUCAUGUUUCCCUCGGACUGCCAACUAGGUUACCACAGGCCUAUAUGCCUAUUGGAGGAUAUCAUAUCGACCCUGAGGUGCCACCUUUACCAAAGGAUCUGCAAAACCUAUUGGAUAAUGCAAAUAACGGUCUGAUCUACUUCAGCAUGGGUUCGAUUCUUAAGAGCAAGGAUCUUCCAGACGUGUUGAAGAAGGAUCUUCUAGAAACGUUAGGGAGUCUGAAGCACACUGUCUUGUGGAAGUUUGAGGAGGUGCUUCCAAAUCUACCACCGAACGUGCAUAUUGUACACUGGGCGCCGCAGCAAAGUAUCUUAGCUCAUCCAAACUGCAUUCUUUUCAUCACCCAUGGUGGUCUCUUAUCCACCACCGAGGCUGUCCACUUCGGGAAACCUAUCAUUGGUAUCCCUGUGUUCGGUGAUCAGUUCAAUAAUGUCGAUAGAGCUGUCAAGAAAGGCUUUGCUAUGAGGGUAGAUCUAGCUUACAAUAUGAAAGACAAACUGAAAGCUGCCAUUAAUGAAUUUCUGCGUGAUAAAAGAUACACGGAGAAAGCAAAAGAACUGUCGUUUAUCUACCAUGACAGACCAGUACAUCCAAGUAAGGAGCUGGUGCAUUGGGUAGAGCACGUGGUGAAGACAGGAGGCGCUCCGCACCUCCGCUCACCAGCCCUGGACGUGCCAGUCUACCAGAAGUUAUACUUGGAUCUCUUUGCACUAGUAUUGAUAGUGUUGUAUGUGCUAAAGAAGAUUGCGGUGAAGAUUUUCUCUUCGAAGAAAGUUGUCAAGAAACAAAAGAAGAAUUAGGGAAUUAAAUUGAAAUAAUGAUUUGAAUAUGCCAAAAGGAUGAUGCUGAAUAAUAAUGAUAAACAUGACGAUGUGAUAGAACUUGCUAGUAAUAUAGUUAGAGAAUAGCUGACUAAGUAGUACUAUUACAGACAAGGCUAAUUAAAUGCAUGCAGAUAAGCUAUCGCACCUAAGCCGUGAUAUUAAGUUAAAUUGUUAAAAGUAGAACAAUCUUUAAAACAUUCUGUACACGAAUUUCUACAAAAGUUAUUCUUAUAAACUUUUCCACGCCCUCCACAAAGAUUUAACUAGAACUUCAGAAUAACACCCUUAAUUAAAUUAUAAAAAGCCGUGUGGUUCCCGGCACUAUAGAAAAGUACCACUCCAUAUCUUUAAAAUGUAUGUCGUAAAACUAUCGCUGAUUCGCUUUUUAUUAUGACGUGAAACGAGACAGCGAUAGCUUUUCGCGCGAUAAAAACGGCAUCGCGCGUGUCAUACUAAGUAGGCUGAACAUCGAUACAAAGCGUGCAAGAUAAAAAAUUAAUGCUGGUAAUGAUGAUAAAUACAAUAAUUAUUUGCUAGAUAUAACAUAAACAAAACGAUAGUUUAAAUCAGCUGUUGCUGCUAUGCCAACGAUAGCGUGUGCCUUAUGAACGGUUGAUCGGUUAUCAAGUACGAGCUGUGCCCGCGACUUUGUCCGCGUGGAAUAGUUAUUUUGGGCAUCAUUGAAGCCAAGCUUAAGGAUGAAUAAACAUAUUCCAUUAUUUCUUUGCUCAUUAUAGUUACAGCAUGAUGUUAUAUAGCUAAGGCCUUCCUCGAUAAAUGGUCUAUUCAACACAAAAAUAAUUUUUCAAUUCGAACCAGUAGUUCCUCAGAUUUGCGCGUUCAAACAAUCAAACUCUUCAGCUUUAUUAUAUUAGUAUAGAUAAUAAGUACUCAACUUGUUCCCAAUAAUAGUUUUACAUUGAACAAUUUUCAAGGCAUGUGUGUGGACUUAUACUUGGUAAGUACUUAAAUAAUGAAUUUAGCACUAAAUCUUGUAGUCCAAACCGGUAGCAGUGUUGGAAUAUUUUUAUAGAGUGUUGAUAUGGUUAUCAAUCGUAAAAUUGUAAGGUUUGUUUAAAUUCAAACGACCAUUGAAGUACUGUUUAAUGUGUACCUAAUAAGAUUUACUCGCAGGUAUUGUAAUCCGUAUCUACGGAAUGUAUACCUAUCAUUAUAUAGUCAAAAUUUUAGCCUUUAGCUUUAACAGUCAAAAAUAGUAUGGUUCUGCGGGGCUGUUCACCAAAAAGUUCCGAAGUUACUUCGACUCAAUCUUUAUAAUUUAAAGUAAUUCUCUAUAAAAAAGAGAAAGAAGGUGGAUUCCUGGUCUAUCCUGCUGACAUACAUACAUACAUAUAAUCACGUAUAUAUCACUUGCGGGUAGACAGAGCCAACAGUCUUAAAAAGACUGAUAUAUGCCACAUUCAGCUGUUUGGCUUAAUGAUAGAAUUGAGAUUCAAAUAGUGACAGGGCGCUAGCCUGUCGCCUAAAAGAAGAAUCCCAAGUUAAAAAGCCUAUCCCUUAGUCGCCUUUUACGAAAUCCAUGUGAAAGAGAUGGAGUGGUGCUAUUCUAUUUUCUAUUGAUACCGGUAACCACAAGGCUUUCCUGCUGAAAACUAAAAAUAUCAGCUAAACUAAAUACAACGACUCAGAGAUUUCCAAGUUAUUACAUUAUAUUAUACUUAAUAAGAUAAUGAUCAUUUUGUUGGCAAAAUAUGUUAAAAGAUCAGGAAAAUUUUGUGAUAUUUCAGAUAACCUUUGCCGAUAUCACAGGAGGAUACCUUUACAGACGUAAUAAUAUUAUAAUAUAUAUUUAUAAUUCGCAGAUAUUUAUCAAUGUGUCUGCUGUCUUACUUUGAAAUAAGCUGUAAUCUACUUUACAUUAACCGAUAAAAGAUACUGUAAGGCGAACCAACGGAAUAAGCUAGUACAAACAUAUGUAUAUCUAAGUAUUAAAAUUAUACGCGUGAUAACUAGGUAUAUGUAUCUGUGCAAAGUCUCAUGAAGAUCCAUUGGAUGAACUAUGAAUAAAAGUACCUCAGUAAAUAAAUAAUAACAACUUUA